AUGAAGACUGCGCUCAAGCUGCUGCUGUCCCUGGCCUUAACUGUGGCUCUGUUCGUCAACACAGCUUAUGGACUUUCUUGUAUUACUUGUGACUCCCCAAGUGACACAAACUGUAUAGUAAAAACGUCUUUACCCUGCGUCAACGGAGACCUGUGCUUCUCUGCCAUCAUUUCAGCAACCACAAGCAAUGGUCCGUUCACUCAGAUAAUUAAAGGCUGUGCAGCCCCCAGUAUCUGUCCAGCUGAAGGGACCCAAGACUUUUCACUGGACGUGUCUUCUUCUAGUGUUUUGGGCAGAGCUGAAUGUUGCAGCGGCUCUGACGACUGUAACAGUGCUGAUGCUUCCACUCCAACAAACCCUGCAGCAGGUUCUCUCCAGUGCUACGGCUGUGACCCUCUGACCAAUGUGUGCAGCUCAGGGGCAGUCACAUGUAACAGUCUGGAGACCAACUGCUUCUCAUCCACAGUGAGACUGCCCAACUCUGCUACUGAAGUCCCAGCUCAUGGAUGUGCCUCUCAGAACCUGUGCGCUGCUGCCGCCUUUUUAGCAACCUCCCCUCUGUUAAAGAGCAUUGGCUCUAUCCAAGGCACCUGCUGUACUACUGACAACUGCAAUCCCCUAAAAAGCAAGCCAAGCAGCACUUUCAGCACGGAGAGCGGCAGAAGCCGCAGCAAAAGCAAGUGUGGAUUCUUCAUCAUUAGAGGAGGUAAUUGA